UCGAUCCUUUCCCUGCCUUCUCAGCCAAGUCAAAGUUAUCCAGAGGACCAAGCUUCUGGAUGGACGGCGAAAAGUGGAUCAAGUACUGCGACCAAGGUAUGUGGACCGCUUUGGCCCCGGCUCAAAACAGGUCGUCGUCGGAGUUCAGGGGGAAGCCAGCCGCGUCGUCCGGCCGCACUUUAGGAGUGAAUGGGCACACACAAGUUCUUGUGGAUGGAGUCGUUCGUCGCUGGCUACUACGGUCUAGUAGUACGGUACCCACAACUGGUAGUAAAGAAGUCGUCCUAGUACCUAGUCCUCACGCAGCGAGAAAGAGCCAUGGAUAAGCUUUGCUGAAGAAGCUAGGCCAAGCUCAAGAAAGAGGUUUGUGAGUGGUAAAAUCAGUGCAAUAGGUUCUUUCCUCCCAUGAUCCACAUUGUCCGGGUGUGUUCCCACUCUCUAUCAUCAGCAGCCAUUUAGUGUUUCUUGCAGAUCCUGACAUCCCAAAUCUCAUUCGUGUGCGGUGUGUCUGUGUUUGAUCUGUGUAAUCUGGAGAGAAUCGCCGAGGCCAGAGUGUUGCGGUGUCGGUGAUCAAGCUCUCUCCGGCUCCAAUUCGUGUGGUUUUGCCAUCUGAGCCAGUGGCAAAUUUGAUGUCCUUGGUUGUGCCAAGUUGCCUAGGGAACAGGCCUUGAAUCAGUGUUCUGACACGCCUUGGGAAGUUAUAUAAAAGUCAUCUUGUGAUCUGCCAUCGGUGUGUCAACUGUUGGUCUACUCUGCAUAACACGAAACUAACUACAUUCAGGAAAAGCAGUGUUUAGAUCUACAUACAUAUUACUUCCAAGGAUGAGACGUAUCACGUCUUCUCUGGAUUGAUUGGACCCGAGAGAUCCCACCUACGUCAGAGCAAAUGGUGGCACACCCCUAGUUCCGUCUGAAUUUCGUCACGGCGAGGCACGGUGGUCAACAUUUCUUUGCCUCGAUAUCGGUCCCACCAGACCUCCUCGGACCCAACCUCUACAUCUUGUUCCGUCGUCGUCGUCGUCUUCUUCUUCUACUUCUACUUGUUCUUGUUCUUGUCCCCCACCUUCUUGACCUUCUUGUUCUUUGCUCCACUUUGGCGGGGGAGCAAAACUGCGACAUUGCCGAGGCACUAACCCCUCGGCCCAAAGGGUGGGAACAACCGACCAAUCCUCUUCUGCCACUACUUCCACUUCCACCACCAUCACCACCAGCCCGAGCAUCAUGACCUCGUUGGUCAGUCAGGAACCUGGCUUGGCCACCAUUCCAGAGUCUCCCACGGGGGAGAGCUCGCCCCGGCGGUUACAACAACGCAACGCCAGGGACAACGGAGCGCCGGGGAAGAUGCCUCAGUUUAAUGGGCAGAACGGAGGUAAUGGACCUCAUGUGGUGACCAAUGGCUAUUCCGAACAGAACUCCCCCAAUUCCAGUCAGCUUUCAAGCGAGGGACAAGAUGCCACCCUCAUCUCCAGGACUCAAAAGCAACACACAACUCAACAGGUGACCACAACCACAAAGACCAUCCGAGAGAUCCAGUACCUCGGUCCCGACGGUCAACCCAUCGAGUUUGUUCCCAGUUCUUCCAGUGGUGGGCCGCCUCCGGUUCAUCCUCGUCUGAGCACGAGUAGUAAUCCCAGUGGGCCACCCCCUCCUCAAGUGUACGAUCCUUACAGUGUUAAUGGUCCCAACGGCUACGGAGAUCCGCGCUUCCAACAACCCGAAUUUGGUGACUACGAGCAAUACGGACCACAAUACGGGAAUUAUGCCGAAUACCCUCAUCGACCGCCAACUCCACCCAGUCCAAGCGAUCGCAGUGCUUCCCCACCACCGGACCAUAGAGAGCCGGACUACAUGAGGCACGGCUCUUCGGGCUCGGAUUACCCGCCUCGCUCGGGGUACGACGAGCUGGACACGACCUUGAUGCCCCCUCGGCAAGGCGAAUCACACCUUCAACAGCCCACAUUUCCAGGAAUUGGACCUGGGGGACACCCGCUCCCACCAGGCUCAGCUGGUGGUGGUGGUGGUGGUGGAGGAGGAGGAGUUCGUGGUUAUUCGCCCCAUCAUCGCCAUAGUUCAUUGGACGACCACCCUCAUAGCCUUCAGGGCAGUAUUGGGGGUGGGUAUGAUCCGAACCUGAACAAUUCCGUGUUUGAGGACACGGCCUCCAUUCAGGGCAGUACAAAUCAUACGGGCUAUCCCUUUGGCGCUCCUCGAGCUAUGUUUGAUGACGACGAGUCCGGACAGAGUGAGCCCCCGCCCCUUAUGAAACGCACCUCGAGACCUUCGGUCAACUCGGACAGCUCAAGGGGGAUGGCUGGAGUGCAAUGGCGGGAUCCGGACCUCCACGAGGUGAUUGCGUUCUUGGACAAUUCGAACAGUGUGAUCAAGGCCAAUGCCGCGGCUUAUCUACAGCAUCUCUGUUAUAUGGACGACCCGGUCAAGGCCAAGACCCGUCAAUUGGGAGGCAUCCCUCCUUUGGUCAAUCUGCUCUCUCAUGACACGCCCGAAAUUCAUCGGAACGCCUGUGGUGCCCUCAGGAAUCUCUCGUACGGAAGACAAAACGAUGAGAACAAGCGGGCUAUCAAGAACGCGGGUGGGAUUCCCUCUUUGGUUCGACUCCUCCGGAAAACCGCGGACAACGAGGUCAAGGAAUUGGUCACGGGAGUCCUAUGGAACCUUUCCUCCUGCGAUGAUCUAAAACGUACUAUAAUUGACGAGAGUUUGCUCGUUUUGGUCAACAUUGUCAUCAUUCCACACUCGGGCUGGGACCGAAAUGGACCAGGCAGUGACACCGUGUGGUCGACAGUAUUUCGAAACUCUUCGGGAAUCCUCAGGAAUGUCAGCUCAGCGGGAGAUUAUGGGCGAAGGAAACUCCGGGAAUGCGAGGGCCUGGUGGACGCUCUGCUCUACCUGGUAAAGAAGGCCAUUCAAAAGGCCAAUAUUGACAAUAAGAGUGUGGAGAACUGUGUGUGCGUCCUAAGGAACCUGUCAUAUCGGGCUCAAGAAAUUGAAGAUCCCAACUACGACAAGAAACAGAUGCCCAGUUCUGGCGGCCCAGGAGGGGUAAAUGGGGGUGAAUCUCGAGCGGGGGCCAAGCCCACAAGUGAUAAUCUCGGAUGUUUUGGGGCUAGCAAAGCCAAGAAGAAAGAGGGCAUGAUGGGCCAGGGAUCGGGGCCCGGAGGCUCAAAUUCAGUGACCUCCAAUAACUCUAGUCGUGUUACCCGGACGGGACCCCCCAAAGCCAUGGAUCUGCUCUGGCAGCCUGAGGUGGUCGUGCCGUAUCUGAAUCUCCUAUCGAAUUGCUCCAACCCUGAGACCCUCGAGGCCGCCGCCGGGGCCAUUCAAAAUCUAUCGGCCUGUUAUUGGCAACCCAGUAUCGAUAUCCGAGCGGCCGUGCGCAAAGAGAAGGGUCUGCCCAUUCUGGUGGAGCUUCUGCGCAUGGAGGUGGAUCGCGUGGUUUGCGCCGUGGCCACGGCCCUUCGCAAUCUCGCCAUUGACCCGAGGAACAAAGAUCUCAUCGGGAAAUACGCCAUGAGGGAUCUGGUGCAAAAGCUUCCCAGCGGCAAUCCACAGCAUGACCACGGCACCUCGGACGACACAAUCGCCGCAGUCCUGGCGACACUCAAUGAGGUGAUUAAGAAGCAUCCGGAGUUCUCGCGAUCGCUCCUGGAGGCGGGUGGCGUGGAACGUCUCAUGACCAUCACACGUCAGCGCUCUCGGUUCACUUCUCGGGUCGUCAAGUUCGCCAGCCAAGUUCUGUAUUCAAUGUGGGUCCAUCAGGAGCUCCGAGAAGUCUAUCGGAAGGCGGGAUGGAAGGAGCAGGACUUCGUGACCAAGACGAUAGCGGCCCGCAACGCCCGCCCCAAUUCACCCACGAACAUGAACUCCACGCUGAACCGACCCAUGGCCAGCCAGAGCGGAACGCGCUACGAGGACCGCACCAUGCGACGCAGUGCGGCCGGAAGUGGCGCGGGAGCGGGCAGUGGUGGGGCCGCAAGUGGGUCUGUGCCGGUGGUGGGUGGCAAUGGAGAUGCGCAUGCCAAGAACUCGUAUCUCGUGGAGUAUCGGCCGGAAGAUGUUCCAAUGGAGAACCUGUCGCUUUAUGGACGGACAGGUCAUCCGCAAGCCCAACAACCCAUUUACGCUCCUAAUCAUCAUGUCCUUCCAGGCGAGCCUGUGUAUGCUCAAGUGAAUCGGGACAAGAAGAAGAACAGCCGGAAUCAUGCGGCUGACCUCGCUCAUCACCAACCUGCAAUGCAUCCCAAUGCCUACCAAGACUACGGGGACCACGCCGAUCAUUGGCAAGUGGCCAACCACCACCAUCAUGGUGUACCGUUAGACCCUCAGCAACAAAUUGCGGCCGCCAAUCACUCCGGAAGUAGUGGACAAGCCGCCGGAGACUCGUGGGUGUGAGUGAGGCGUGGCCAUGAACACUAAACAGUGCUUUGAUUUCAGUUCAAUAUAUGAAGCUUGAGAAACAAUCCACCCUUGUUAGCUGCGGUCAAAGGCCAGUGACGUGAAGACAAAGGCCCUGGUGUCGUUCCGAAUCGAAGGACAUCAAAGGCAACGAUCAUCAACUAGUGUAUCACAAAUCUUCCCCGAUCAUUUCAUGAUGUUCAAACGACUAGUGAGUCUGCUCUUUAAAUGAGGACCGCAUGGUCGUCAUGUACUACGAUUCCUAUCAAAUAUUAUCAUUAUUAAUAUUAUUAUUAUUAUUACUACUAUUGCUAUUAUCAUUCUACUCAUCCUGCUCCCUUUUGCUUCGACUUCAAAGACUUGUUGGCACCUCUCAACCAUUAGAUUCUGAAGCAUACCAAAACAUUCUGCUCGUCAAAUUCGCAAAGUUUGGUCUCUCUUUUAUACUUUAAUUUUACACACAACUAUUCAUCUCCCUUCUACGCAUCGGAAUUGAUCCUCCCAAAGAAACGAAGCUACGCUUUGAAAUUCGCCCAUUGGACGCCUAACAAUCAAUCCAUCACCCAAUCUAAGCUGCUCAUCUUGCUUCUUCAGCAAGCAAGUCGUCAACAAACAUUCCAAAAUCAUUAAUGCAGAUCCCGAUCCUGAAACGUUAACAGCCAGAACAGCAACAACAAUAAUAAUGAUGAUACAACAAAAAACAACAGAUAACAAUAAACGCGUUGAAACCAG